UUAGUAUCAUGCUCAGCAUGGCUGGAAGAUCUUGGCAACCGACUUGAAAAGACCUCUGUUACAACUCUUCACUUUAACUCGGCACAUCGUGUUAAGUUACCUUUUGUCGGAUUUGAGAAGUUCAAACAGUUGAAGAACUUGACAAUUCCAAUAAAGACUUCUCCGAACUUGACAUCUUUGUGUCGGUCUGUAAAUCAGCUUGACUUCUUAGCUGUUCACGGUCUCAAAUUAUCGGAUGUAGGAUUGAGAGAAGGCAUGCCACUUGGAAAGAAUAUUGUUAAUCUAUUUCUUGUAAACUGUCAUCUGAAAGAUGACGAUGUAUUCACGAUUAAUAAGUAUAUGGAGAACCAGUUGGUCGGCUUGAGUGUGGAGCGAAACGAUGUCGGGGAUGCUGCCAUGAGAGAUAUUUGUAUUCGGCAGAAUUGUUUGAUGUUGCUGAAUGUGAGCCAGACUUGCAUUACUGUUUCUGGACUUAAGCUUGCAUUAGAAACGUUAACGCAUCUUACUACGUUAUCGGCUGGUCGUUGUCGUGCAAUGGCUGGCAAGCAAUCAGCUAUUGACUUUAAACAUUUGCAACACUUUCGUUCUCUUGAUUUGUCAGGCUGUGGUGCCAUACAUGUCAUAACAUUGUCCUCAGACUCACGGUUGGAAUACGUGAAUGUCAGCUCUUGUGCGGCAAUCAGAGAGUGCAUGUGGACAUCGGUAUGUGUGAGCCUUCAACAUUUGGAUAUCAGCAACUGUACUGGUUUGUCACAGAAUAAACUUAGUGUUAUGAUUCAAAGCCUUGCAUGUAAUUGUCCACAUCUGUCACAACUAAACAUUGGUUGGCUGCGAUCAGUUAAUGAUGAGGUGUUAUUUGGAGUAAAAGAACAACGACAAUGCACUACAUCAAGUGUGCCUCUUAAAUCGUUGCAGACAAGAUCAAGUACGUCUAGUUUGCUUGGAAAGGAAGCUAAGAAAGCGGCAACUCUUUUGUGUUCGUCGUUCAAGUUUGUGCGUGACGAGACCGUAUGUUCGUCGUGUGUGAAACACAAGUCUGCCGAGGUUCACAGGCUAGGAAUAAUGGGCCUCGCAAAUUUGACAAAACUCUGCCUCAAGGCUUGCUCACGAAUAACAAACGAAGCUCUUUCUUGUGCACUGAAGUUUUCGCUUCUGACCGAUCUAGACAUCAGUGAGGUAUUCCUGAUCAAUGACUCGGGACUGUUGGAUGUGAUGAUAGGUUGUCCUGUUCUCGAACGCCUUAAUGUAUCGAGCUGUUACAAUAUUGGCGACUUUGCAGCCACGAUGGUCGCACAACGGUUGAAACGGUUGACCCACUUUGGUGCUGCCUAUACCGCCAUCUCGGACGCAGGAAUCCAUGCACUGGCCGGUGGUCUGUGUCGUCUGGUGUGCAUUGAUAUCAGCUAUUGUACGAAUGUGACUGCAAAGAGCCUUCUGGUGAUACGAUUGAGUCAACCUUGCUUACUUGAACUGCAUGCCAGGCAUCUUGCAACUGUGACUGGCUACUAGACAGAGUCAUGUGGUUGGUGUUAAUUGAGAUCACGUGCAAUAGGUAGUUAAUAUUUUAGUUCAUAUUACGACAUAAUUGUACGUUGCAAGGUGUGUGAGGAGGAAAGAGAUGGGCCUUCUCCAGUUUCUGUUUCUUGUUGUUCUAUUGACGGCAUGGAGUGUACAAGGGAGUGAACCGUUGAACUUCUUGGUGUUUGGAGACUGGGGGAUGGGCAAUGAGCAGCAGAGAGCUGUAGCAAAGCAGAUGGAACUAACAGGCUCGGAGACUCGAUCAAAGUUUGUUGUCAAUGUUGGAGACAACUUUUACGUGUUUACGAAAGACGCGCAAGGCAAUGAGCAGGGAGGAGUCAAAAAUCUCACGGACCCAUUGUGGACGAAUUACUUUGAGGAGAUGUACACUGGUUAUCUGAAAGAGAUACCAUUCUAUAGUGUUUUGGGAAAUCAUGAUUACUUGGGGAACACUUCCGCCCAGCUGAUGUAUCAUUCCUUGUCGUCUCGUUGGAUCAUGCCAGACAGGAACUACACAGCUCGUUUUACCAUCGGUGACGACAACACUACAGUACUAUUUGUCUUCAUUGACACGACUCCAUUUAUCAGCUCCUACUAUGACAAUCCAGGCGAUCCGUGGAUGAAAGAGCAGUUAGCACACCAAUCGUACAAGAAGCAACUGACGUGGCUUGAUGAAGUUCUGUCACAAAGCUCGGACCAAUGGAAACUAGUUGUUGGACACCAUCCGAUCUUGUCUCAUGUUGGUGUAUUCUUACCUGAUCAAGUGACUCAGUCAAUGGCUUUGGUUCGGCCAGUCCUUGAACGACAUCAUGUACCAGCAUACAUCUGUGGUCACGUCCAUAAAUUGGAGUAUCUACAAAGCAGUGACAUUGACUACUACAUCUCGGGAGCUGGUGCCACUGGGAAAGUUUACGUCGAUGAUCCCAAGAUGAAGCAGUCGGUUGUGUGGACAUCAGAUGAUGCUGGAUUCAUGACGGUUCAGCUGACUACAACCCAGAUGACGAGCACGUUUGUGAAUACCAAGGGGGAGAGUAUUUACAGUGCAGUCACCAAGUUAUCAGGCAAGAGUUAGAACAAGGUAUAACAUGUUACAGUAUUUUCAUGCGUUUUGAUUUGUAUGUCUAUGGUAUAUGUCACUUGUUGCCGUCACUCUUUUCAUGGCUUGUAGUUAUUGACGAUUUGUUUGGGUGGAGGGAGUUUCAUAGAGUCAUGUUACCUAUCAAGUAGUGUUUUUGUAUCAAACAUUUGUGUACAUGGUGCAGCAAGAUGUAGGUCAUUCAGAUG